UGUUGACGGGGACUACAGAGCGACUAGCGCGCGCUUUGUCAAACUCUCCGCAGCUGUUCAUCUCGACACAACUCUCAGCGUCACGAGCCAUGUCUUACCGUCAUAAACACCGCGGUGUCGACGACUACAGGGCUGAGGAAAACAGGAACAAAGGACCAAGGUGGUCCCACAGCAGGAAACGGGAUGCUGACGGAAAUGUAAGAAGAUCACGUGAUGAGUCUGAGACCAACACUUCAGAUAGAAGAGGAUCAAACAGGCCAGAAUGUUUCACAACUCCUGAGAGUGAAAAACCUGUGUCGAGAGUACGAGACUGGGCAGAGGAGGUGGAGAAUGAUGAAAUGCGCACCAAUGUUCGGCGGGACAUGGAGCGUUACAGACGGCGGAUACUAACUGGAGAUUGUGUUCAAAGGGAAAGAAAAAUGUCAUCUGGCAGUUCAGACUCGAGAGAAUCCAGAGAUUCCCCCCUACCUGGAGACAUUGAGACUGAUGAGACUGUCCUAAUGAGAAGACAAAAGCAGAUUAACUAUGGGAAGAACACAAUCGCCUAUGACCGAUACAUUAAAGAAGUACCAAAGCACUUGAGAAAACCUGGGGUUCAUCCACGUACUCCCAACAAAUUUAAGAAAUACAGUCGCCGUUCAUGGGACCAGCAGAUAAAACUGUGGAAAGUCAAACUUCAUGCCUGGGACCCCCCUGCUGAUGAAGACAGCGAUCUGCAAGCUGUAGAUCUGGGCGAGGUCAUGGACUUUGAGCUAGAUGUUGAGUGCUCAGUGGAUCCUGAACCAGAAGCUUCAGGGUCAAAAUCUAGCAGUUCAUCAUCAUUCCCUGAGGACUCUGGAACCCCUCACAAGAUGAUGAAAAUAGAUGAAGCUGAGAUGUCUUAGCUGCUCUCACUGAUGCACUGAUGUGAGAGAACUGUUAGCACUGAUCCUCGCAUGAUUUUAUUGUUAAUACUGUUCUUUUUUUUUUUCUUUUUUUUUCUUUUUAUUUUUUUUUAAACACCUCCAUUUUUUCCUGGUGAAUUCAGAAGCUAUGUGUUGUUAGUUAAAGAUUACACUGAUUAUAAGUUGUUCUCCAUAUGAGCAGGUUUUUCACUUCAAGGUGUUUGUUUCUCAUAUGUGAUUGUAAAGUAUUGAUUUUAUUUUUGUGGUAUUGUAAAUUUGACAUUUCUGUUUAAUAUUUAACCAGUUGUUUUAUAAAUACUGCUUUGAAAUAAAGAAAAGAAUCUGAAAACACAAA